AUGCAAAGAAUAUUAGAGUUAUUACUUUUAUCAUCUACAGCUCUUGCUGUUAUUGGUGAUGGUUUCAUUGCUUUGCCAGUGCACAAACUUCAAGCUGAUGAAGGCAGUGUACAUUUCCCAAACCGUUUACCUAUUUUUGAUCUUGUAAAUGGUGUUGCUAAGACUGCUCAAGAAGAUGUAAACCAGAUCAUUCAACCUAUCUUUGGUAAUGGGAUUUUUUCUGGUGGCUCAAUUGAAGUCGGACAUUCUGCUGAUGGACACAGUGUAAAACAUGAAGUAUCAUUUUCUCCUCCAUCAUCAACUGACAAUAAAGAUAAUGAACCAACUAAAACCGGAUUUUCCUUAGAUGACUUGAUUAAAUCAAUUCCAACUGAAUUCUGGAGUUUAAUUGGUCUGGAUAAGCCUCCAACUUUAUCUGACGAUAGGUCCAAAGAUGCUGAUUUCACUCCAAGUGCUGUCUCACAGGUCGAACAACCAACAAGCAAGAGCGUUGAAUCAACUGCUCCUAGCUCUGUUUCAAAUGAUAGUGAACCUUCUUCAUCUGGUGCAAACAAACAAACUGGUGCUUUUUUCCUUAGUUUAGAUAACACUCAAACAUUAUACACUGCUACAUUGAAAGUUGGUUCACCACCUCAAGAAGUUCAAGUAAUGAUUGAUACUGGAUCUUCUGAUUUAUGGUUCAUUUCUUCAGGAAAUUCUCAAUGUAAAGCCAACGGAGGAUCAAUUGAUUGUGACCAAUAUGGUGUAUUUGAUAAACUGAAAUCUUCUUCAUGGCACGAUAACAAAACUGAUUAUUCAAUUAGCUAUUAUGAUGGUGAUAAGGCAUCAGGCACUAUGGGUCAAGAUAAUAUUACUUUUGCUGCAGGAUUCCUGAUUGAAAACGCCAACUUUGCUGUUAUUGAAAACACUACUUCCAGUAUUGGUGUUUUCGGUGUCGGCUAUCCUGAAUUGGAAGCAGUUAAGCCAAAAUAUACUAAUUUACCAUUUGCUAUGAAGGAACAAAACUUGAUUGCUAAAGUUGCUUAUUCCUUAUAUCUUGAUUCUCGUGAUGCUGCUCAAGGUUAUAUUUUAUUUGGUGGUAUUGAUCAUGCCAAAUACACCGGGGAUUUGAAAGCUUUUGAUAUUGUCAAGUCUAACGAUAAAUAUGUUUACUCCCAAAUCCCAUUGACCUCAGUCGUUUCGUCAUUGAACAAUUACACUAAUGCUUACGGUCUUCCCGCAGGUACUAAUCAUCCAAAAGUUGGUGCUGUUAUUUACAAUGGUACUGAUUCUUUCAAUGGUGGUAUUGAUCUCAAGGACACACCAACCUUGUUGGAUACCGGAACUACAUACAGUUACUUGUCCAAAGACCAAGUUGAAUCCAUUGUUGGACUUUUUGGUAAUGUUACCUAUAAUGAUGCUGGUAAAGCUUACGAAGUGCCAUGUUGGGUAGGUAAUCCUGGCAAUUAUUUGGAAUUCAAUUUCAAAAAUGAGCAAUACAUUAAAGUUCCAACCUCUGAAUUUGUUAUAUCAGUGGGUACUUAUGCCAGUGGUGCUGAAUUAUGUGUAUUUGGUAUUUUACCAGGUACUCAUUCAAUUUUGGGUGACAACUUUAUGAGAAGUGUCUAUGCUGUGUUUGAUUUGGAAGACCAUGUCAUCUCCAUUGCACAAGCUGCUUAUAAUGAUAACCAUGCUGUUGUUCCUAUUGAAUAG